GGCGCAGGAGACAGGCUGCAGUUCGCGGAGGCUGUGGGUUUUCAGCGAAAAUGCUUCUGUAAUUCGAUCUCCCCUUGUUUCUAGUCGGUGUUGGUUGGUAGGGUCCUUGGCAGUUUCACAUGUGUGCCUGUCAGUUUGAGAACCUUCAUCUCUGGAGUCUUUUGCCUUCACUCCUGUAUCUUCAGAUUAGCUACUCUGUGUCCAGUGUCUCCGUUUCGAUAACCCUGUUACAAACGGCCCAGCCCCCCUCCCUCUCCGCCACCAACACCAUCAUCACAGCCCCCCAGUGUUUCGGCAUCCCGAAAGAAAAGUGGGCUCGGAGAGACAAUCUGUAAAAAAAAAAAACUGAAAGAGCAGUGAGUGGGGAGACUGCUGGAGAAGUGUUUUGUCUGCCGAUUCUUUCAUCACGGAGCUGCAGUGUGUUGUAAAGAAGUUGGGACGUCUUUGGUGAAGUUUUGCCACGGUUCAGUACAAUGGGAUGCUAAAUAAGAUUACAGGCAGGGCGGUCAAAACUAUUCAUGUGAAAGAUAUUGUGCUGCCGGAGAUGCAUUCGUAGCCUGACUAGGUACAUACAGUAGUUAAAAGCUCAGCUGCACAUCGCGCUUAAAGUAGGUAGACCUAAGCUGAAUGCGGGGUGGAGUUUCCAGUGAGCUAGACUGCUUUGGACACAGAAUGCUUCAAGUAUGGAUGUGAAAGAGCGCAGGCCUUAUUGCUCGCUGACAAAGAGCAGACGAGACAAAGAACGCCGCUACACCAGCUCCUCUGUGGAUAGCGAGGAGUGCAGAGUGCCUACCCAAAAAUCCUACAGCUCAAGUGAGACUCUCAAGGCUUUCGAUCAUGACUCCUCGAGGCUGCUGUAUGGAAACAGAGUGAAGGAAAUGGUUCACAGGGAAGCAGAUGAAUAUACCAGGCAAGGGCAGAAUUUUACCCUCAGGCAACUGGGGAUUUGUGAACCGGCAACUCGAAGGGGCCUGGCCUUUUGUGCCGAGAUGGGGCUUCCCCAUCGUGGCUACUCUGUCGGCGCAGGGUCAGACGUUGACACCGAAAACGAAGGAGUGAUGUCUCCAGAGCAUGCCAUGCGGCUUUGGGGCAGAGGGGUCAAGUCGGGGAGAAGCUCGUGCCUGUCAAGUCGCUCCAAUUCGGCCCUUACCCUGACUGACACAGAACAUGAAAAUAAGUCCGACAGUGAGAAUGGUUCUCCCAUGCCAUCCUCCUUAUCCAGUCCAUCAGUCAUUGAGCAUUCACAUUCCCAACCUCCAUCACCCAAUCUCCAUGACAACCAGAGGCCGUUGCUAAGUAAUGACACCACCCAACCAGUUCAUGAUUCUGACACGGAUGAAGAAUACACUGCCAGUUUGUAUUUACCAGUAAUACAGGCUGGCUCAGUUCCUGUCUGUAUUCCAAGUAAUGUCUCGUGUUUUGGAGCAGAACAACCCCCCAACCACCACCAAGGCCCGCCCGCGAUCCAGCCCAUCCCUCCUCCCCACAAGCCUCACCCAGCCCAGGCGCACCCAUCCGUCACCUCUCUGAACCGCAACUCCCUGACGAGUCGGAGGAACCAAAGCCCGGCCCCUCCGGCCGCCCUGCCCGCCGAGCUGCAAACCACACCUGAAUCCGUCCAGCUGCAGGACAGCUGGGUCCUGGGCAGCAAUGUGCCUCUGGAAAGCAGAAAAUUAGCAAAGCAAGCAGUUCUCGAAAAUGGGCAUGACAACCUUAUAGAGAUGGAUGUAUUUACUCCAACGUGCCACGAUGGCGGUUAUGGGGAUGGGCACUUCCUCUUUAAGACAGGCACGGGCACAACACCUCUCUUCAGCACAGCCACCCCAGGCUACACGAUGGCGACCGGGGCCGUCUACUCCCCGCCAACCCGGCCCUUGCCUCGGAACACGCUCUCCAGAAGUGCAUUUAAAUUCAAGAAGUCGUCGAAGUACUGCUCCUGGAGGUGCACCGCCCUCAGUGCGGUCGGCGUCUCCGUCCUGUUGUCCAUCCUGCUCUCUUACUGCAUAGCCAUGCACCUGUUUGGCCUCAACUGGCAGCUACAGGACACUGAAAACUACACAUUUGAGAAUGGGCAGAUGAAGUCUGAUGCCACGCCAACCAAUGCAGUAACAGUGCUCACGUCCGACAAUGGGAAGCUUGGAGUGUUCUAUCAAGAAAACAACACCAUAGACACCGGAGAGGUGGAUGUAGGGCGGAGGGCAGCACAAGAGGUGCCCCCUGGGAUCUUCUGGAGAUCACAGCUCUUCAUUGACCAACCGCAGUUCCUGAAAUUCAACAUUUCGGUCCAGAAAGACGCGCUGAUUGGAGUAUAUGGAAGAAAAGGCCUGCCACCUUCCCACACUCAGUAUGACUUUGUGGAGCUGCUGGAUGGCAGCAGGUUGAUUGCCAAAGAAAAGCGCAGCCUGAUUGAGUUGGAAAGCAGGAGCAGGAAAGCCCGAUCUGUCAGCGUCCACGAAGCAGGAUUUAUCCAGUACCUUGACUCUGGAAUUUGGCAUUUGGCCUUCUAUAAUGAUGGAAAAAAUUCAGAGCAGGUGUCCUACAACACCAUUGUCAUAGAUUCUGUUAUGGAGUGUCCACACAAUUGCCAUGGAAACGGCGAUUGUCUUUCAGGAACGUGCCAUUGCUUCCCCGGAUUUCUUGGGCCAGACUGCUCUAGAGCGGCCUGCCCCGUUCUCUGCAGCGGGAAUGGCCAGUACUCGAGGGGCCGCUGCCUGUGCUUCAGCGGCUGGAAGGGGACGGAGUGCGACGUGCCGAACAACCAGUGCAUCGACGUCCACUGCGGGGGUCACGGCAUCUGCAUCGUGGGCUCCUGCGUCUGCAACACCGGCUACAAGGGCGAGAACUGCGAGGAAGUGGAUUGUUUGGACCCAUCUUGUUCUUCUCACGGGGUCUGCAUCCACGGAGAGUGCCACUGCAACUCGGGCUGGGGUGGAACCAGCUGCGAGAUACCCAAGACCAUGUGCCCUGACCACUGCUCCGGCCAUGGGACCUACCAGGCCGAAAGUGGCACUUGUACCUGCGAUACCAGCUGGACAGGUCCGGACUGCUCUGUCGAGGUGUGCACCGUGGACUGCGGCUCCCACGGGAUGUGCAUCAGCGGGAGCUGCCGCUGCGAGGAGGGCUGGACCGGGGCGGUGUGCGACCAGAGAGCCUGCCACCCGCGCUGCUCCGAGCACGGCACCUGCAGAGACGGGAAGUGCGAGUGCAACCAGGGCUGGAACGGGGAGCACUGCACCAAUGCUCACAAUCUGGAUAAACUAGUUAAAGACAAGAUAGGAUAUAAAGAGGGCUGCCCCGGGCUCUGCAAUAGCAAUGGAAGGUGUACCUUAGACCAAAAUGGCUGGCACUGUGUCUGCCAGUCCGGCUGGAGAGGGGCGGGCUGUGACGUCGCUAUGGAGACCCUGUGCACCGAUAGUAAGGACAAUGAAGGAGAUGGAUUGGUUGAUUGUAUGGAUCCUGACUGCUGCUUGCAAAGCUCGUGCCAGAACCAGCCAUACUGCCGCGGAUCGCCGGACCCCACUGACAUCAUUGGACAGAGCCAGCAGCCACCCCCCCAGCACGCCGCCAAGUCCUUCCACGACCGGAUCAGCUUCCUCGUGGGCCUGGACAGCACCCACGUCAUCCCCGGGGAGAAUCCUUUUAACAGAAGUCUGGUGUCCAUCAUCCGAGGUCAGGUUCUAACAGCGGAUGGAACCCCCCUCAUUGGAGUUAACGUGUCCUUUGUGCACUAUCCCGGACACGGAUUCACUGUCACCCGCCAAGAUGGAAUGUUUGACUUGCUGGCCAAUGGUGGGGCCUCUCUGACUCUGAGCUUUGAACGUGCUCCAUUUCUCACCCAGUACCGCACCGUGUGGAUCCCAUGGAAUGUCUUUUAUGUCAUGGACACUCUAGUCAUGAAGAAAGAGGAAAACGAUAUCCCCAGCUGUGACCUGAGCGGAUUCGUAAGGCCCAACCCGGUUAUCGUUUCAUCUCAGUUGUCCACUUUCUUCCGGUCUUCCCCCGAAAACAGCCCCAUCAUUCCUGAAACACAGGUUCUUCAAGAGGAGACUUCAAUCCCGGGCAGCGACCUCAAUCUCUUCUACUUGAGCUCUCGAGCUGCAGGCUACAAGCCUGUUCUCAAGGUGACCAUGACCCAGGCCAGUAUCCCCUUCAACCUCAUGAAGGUCCAUCUGAUGGUGGCUGUGGUGGGCAGGCUCUUCCAAAAGUGGUUUCCAGCCUCCCCCAGCCUCUCUUACACGUUCAUAUGGGACAAAACGGAUGCUUACAAUCAAAAGGUCUACGGCCUGUCAGAGGCAGUGGUGUCUGUGGGCUUUGAAUAUGAAUCCUGCCUCGAUCUGAUCCUUUGGGAAAAAAGGACGGCAAUUUUGCAAGGAUACGAACUGGAUGCUUCAAAUAUGGGAGGCUGGUCAUUAGACAAGCAUCAUGUGCUGGAUGUGCAGAAUGGAAUCCUGUACAAGGGCAAUGGAGAGAACCAGUUCAUCUCCCUGCAGCCCCCCGUGGUCGGCACCAUCAUGGGCAACGGCCGGCGCCGGAGCAUCUCCUGCCCCAGCUGCAACGGCCAGGCCGACGGGAACAAGCUCCUGGCCCCGGUCGCGCUGGCCUGCGGCAUCGACGGCAGCCUCUACGUCGGCGACUUCAAUUACGUGCGACGCAUCUUUCCCUCCGGCAACGUCACGAGCGUCAUGGAGCUGAGAAAUAAAGAUUUCAGACAUAGCAACAACCCGGCCCACAGAUACUACCUGGCCACCGACCCUGUCACCGGACAGCUGUACGUGUCCGACACCAACUCGCGCAGGAUCUACCGGCCGAAGCUGCUCACGGGGGCGAGGGACCUGCUGCUGAACGCCGAAGUGGUGGCGGGGACGGGCGAGCAGUGCCUGCCCUUCGACGAGGCCAGAUGUGGCGACGGGGGGAAGGCGACCGAAGCCUUGCUCAUGGGUCCUAAAGGUAUUGCUGUCGACAAGAAUGGGUUCAUAUACUUUGUUGAUGGGACGAUGAUCCGUAAGGUCGAUCAGAAUGGCAUCAUCUCCACACUCCUUGGGUCAAAUGACCUCACCUCAGCCCGCCCCCUGACCUGUGACACCAGCAUGCACAUUAGUCAGGUUCGCUUGGAGUGGCCUACGGACCUGGCCAUCAACCCCAUGGAUAACUCCAUUUACGUUCUGGACAACAACGUCGUGCUCCAGAUCACAGAGAACCGCCAGGUGCGGAUUGCGGCCGGCCGGCCGAUGCACUGCCAGGUCCCAGGGAUGGAGUACGCCAUGGGCAAGCGGGCCGUUCAGACCACCCUGGAGUCCGCCAGCGCCAUCGCGGUGUCGUACAGCGGCGUGCUCUACAUAGCCGAGACGGACGAGAAGAAGAUCAACCGCAUUAGGCAGGUGACGACCGACGGCGAGAUCUCGCUCCUGGCGGGCUCCCCGUCGGACUGCGACUGCAAGGACGAUGCCAACUGCGACUGCUAUCUGACCGGGGACGGGUACGCCAAAGACGCCAAGCUGAACGCGCCUUCGUCCCUCGUGGUGUCGCCCGACGGCACGUUAUACAUAGCCGACCUGGGGAACAUUAGGAUCCGGGCUGUCUUCAAGAAUAAGCCGCUGUUAAAUCUGCUGAACUACUACGAGGUGGCCUCUCCUGCAGACCAAGAGCUGUACGUCUUCGACAUCAACGGCACUCACCAGUACACCAUGAGCCUGAUUACUGGGGACUACAAGUAUAACUUCAGCUACAGUAACGACAAUGAUAUCACCGCCGUCACAGACAGUAACGGGAACACCCUCCGUAUCAGGAGAGACACGAACCGCAUACCGGUCAGGGUGGUCUCUCCAGACAAGCAGGUCAUACAGCUCACUAUUGGGACCAACGGAGGACUGAAGUCUCUCACUGCCCAGGGCCAGGAUCUGGUUCUCUUCACCUAUCAUGGCAGCAGUGGCCUUUUGGCAACAAAGAGCAUCGAGAUUGGAUGGACCACUUUUUUCGACUAUGACAGCGAAGGCCGCCUAACGAAUGUGACUUUUCCAACGGGAGUCGUGACCAGUCUCCAUGGGGAAAUGGAAAGGGCUAUCACUGUGGGCAUUGAGACUUCAGGGAGGGAUGAGGACGUCAGCAUCACCACUAACCUCUCAUCCAUUGAUUCGUUCUACACUCUGGUUCAAGACCAGUUAAGAAACAGUUACCAGGUUGGCUUUGACAACUCCCUGAGGGUUCUUUAUGCCAAUGGCAUGGAUACCCAUUACCAGACGGAGCCUCACAUUCUGGCAGGCACUGCCAACCCAACAGUGGCCCGGCGCAACAUGACACUGCCUGGGGAGAACGGUCAGAACCUGGUGGAGUGGCGUUUCCGUAAGGAGCAGACCAGAGGCAAGGUCAACGUGUUUGGAAGGAAGCUUCGGGUGAAUGGCAGGAACCUCCUCUCUGUGGACUAUGACCGAACCUCCCAGACAGAGAAGAUCUAUGAUGACCACCGUAAAUUUCUGCUGAAGAUAAUUUAUGACUCCUCGGGUCACCCUACUCGUUGGGUGCCUAGCAGCAAGAUGAUGUCUGUCAACAUCACUUACUCGGCCACAGGACAGAUCACAAGCAUGCAGAGAGGCCCCACGAGUGAGAGGGUGGAAUACGACGACCAAGGCAGGCUCGUCUCCCGGGUGUUUGCGGACGGGAAGAUAUGGAGUUACACGUACCUUGAAAAGUCAAUGGUGCUGCUGCUCCACAGUCAACGCCAGUACAUCUUUGAUUAUGAUUUAUUGGAUCGUUUGUCUGCCAUAACAAUGCCGAGCGUGGCCCGUCACACAAUGCAGACCAUUCGCUCAGUUGGGUAUUACCGCAAUAUUUACAGUCCCCCUGAAAGCAAUGCCUCUGUCAUUGUGGACUACAGUGAAGAUGGGCAGCUGCUGCAAGUGUCACACUUGGGAACAGGCAGGCGAGUCCUGUAUAAAUACAGAAGACAAAAUAAGCUCUCCGAGAUCUUGUAUGACAGCACGCGUGUCAGCUUCACAUAUGAUGAGACGGCAGGCGUCCUUAAAACUGUGAACCUGCAAAGUGAGGGCUUUAUCUGCACCAUUAGGUACAGACAGAUUGGCCCUUUAAUCGAUAGACAGAUCUUCCGCUUCAGUGAAGGUGGGAUGGUAAAUGCUCGCUUUGACUACACCUAUGACAACAGCUUCCGUGUGACCAGCAUGCAGGGCGUGAUAAAUGAAACGCCUCUGCCCAUUGACCUCUACCAAUUCGAUGACAUCUCUGGGAAAGUCGAACAGUUUGGCAAGUUUGGCGUGAUCUACUACGACAUCAACCAGAUCAUUUCCACAGCCGUCAUGACUUACACCAAGCACUUUGACGACCAUGGUCGGAUCAAAGAGAUCCAGUAUGAAAUAUUCCGCUCUCUGAUGUAUUGGAUAACCAUACAAUAUGACAACAUGGGCCGCGUGACCAAGAGAGAGGUCAAAAUUGGGCCGUUCGCCAACACUACAAAGUACGGUUACGAGUACGAUGUGGAUGGGCAACUUCAGACGGUCUACCUGAACGAGAAGAUCAUGUGGCGGUACAACUACGACCUGAACGGAAAUCUGCACCUGCUGAACCCCAGCAGCAGUGCCCGCCUGACUCCUCUGCGCUACGACUUGAGAGACAGGAUCACCCGCCUGGGCGACGUUCAGUACCGGCUGGAUGAGGACGGUUUCCUGCGGCAGAGGGGGGCUGAAAUCUUCGAGUAUAACUCCAAGGGCCUCCUCGUCCGCGUGUACAGCAAGGGCAACGGCUGGACGAUCCAGUACCGCUACGACGGCCUCGGGAGGAGGGUCUCCACCAGGACGAGCCUGGGGCAGCACCUCCAGUUUUUCUAUGCCGACCUCAACUACCCGACCCGGAUCACCCACGUUUAUAACCACUCCAGCUCGGAGAUCACCUCCCUCUACUACGACCUGCAAGGACACCUCUUCGCCAUGGAGAUCAGCAGUGGAGAGGAGUUCUACAUCGCCUGUGACAAUACAGGAACGCCCCUGGCCGUUUUCAGCAGCAACGGUCUGAUGAUUAAGCAAGUCCAGUACACGGCUUAUGGAGAAAUCUACUUCGAUUCCAACCCAGACUUUCAGCUGGUCAUAGGAUUCCACGGGGGCCUGUAUGACCCUCUGACAAAGCUUCUGCACUUCGGGGACCGAGACUACGAUAUCCUGGCAGGACGCUGGACUACCCCCGACAUCACCACCUGGAUGAAAGUGGGAAAGGACCCUGCACCAUUUAACCUCUACAUGUUUCGGAACAACAAUCCCGUCAGCAAAGUGCAUGACGUCAAAGAGUAUAUCACAGAUGUCAACAGCUGGCUGGUGACAUUUGGAUUCCAUCUGCACAAUGCCAUCCCUGGCUUUCCUAUUCCCAAAUUCGACAUGACAGAACCUUCCUUUGAGUUGAAAAAGAGUCAGCUUUGGGAUGAUUUACCGUCUGUUUCCGGAGUUCAGCAAGAAGUCGUGAGACAGGCAAAGGCAUUCCUGUCGUUCGGAAAGAUGCCGGAGAUUCAGUUCAGCAGGCGCCGAUCGAGCAGGGAGAAAUCGUGGCUCUGGUUUGCAACCCUCAAGUCGCUCAUUGGGAAAGGGGUGAUGCUGGCCGUCAAUCAGGGGCGGGUGGUGACCAAGGCACUGAACAUCGCCAACGAGGACUGCAUCAAGGUCGCCGACAUCCUGAACAACGCCUUCUACCUGGAGAACCUGCACUUCACCAUCGAGGGCAGGGACACCCACUACUUCAUCAAGACCGGGCUGCCGGAGAGCGACCUGGGCAACCUGCGGCUAACGAGCGGGCGCAAGUCCCUGGAGAACGGCGUCAACGUCACCGUCUCGCAGUCCACCACGGUGGUAAACGGCAGGACUCGCAGGUUCGCGGACGUGGAGAUGCAGUACGGCGCCCUGGCGCUGCACGUGCGGUACGGCAUGACCCUGGACGAGGAGAAGGCCCGCGUCCUGGAGCAGGCCCGGCAGAGAGCCCUCUCCAGCGCCUGGGCCAGGGAGCAGCAGCGAGUGCGCGACGGCGAGGAGGGGGCGAGACUGUGGACCGAGGGGGAGAAGCGCCAGUUGCUAAGCGCCGGAAAAGUACAAGGUUAUGAUGGGUACUAUGUACUCUCCGUAGAGCAAUACCCCGAGUUAGCCGACAGUGCUAACAACAUACAGUUCCUAAGACAAAGCGAAAUAGGGAAGAGGUAACAAACUGUUCAUUACCGGCUGCCAAAGAGACUGCCUGUGGCCAUUCCCACUUGGGGAACCGAACUGAAGUGUUGGCACGCGUAGCUACAACAGAGUACAUGUAGAAAAUAACUACUACUUAGGCCUUAACAAGGCCGUGACACAGAUUUGCGUCUGUAGCACAACCUUGAUGGACUUCAAACUCUUGUGUAAAAGAAAGAGAGUCAAGGAGAAAAAGAGUGGUGGUUUGUGGAAUCAAAUUGUUUUUACAAAUGACCUUAAAAGGUGAUCUGCUUUAAAAAUUAAAAAAAAAAAGUUUAAAAAAGAAAUGUGUUUACAUAUGCAUAUCACUGCACUCGACUGGACUAAUAUGUAUAAAGCCUAUUGGUUUUCUUUCUAGGCAAUGUCUAUAAUCAGAUGUUUGUUUUCAUUCUGAAUGGUUGACCUUUGCUUAUAAAAAAAAGUAGUUUCGCUCUUAAUAAGAACUGAUGUGUCUCAGUAACCAGCCAAAACUGGGAAAUUCUGCUGUUAAUAAAUCCAACUGCUUUUACUGUGCCGCUUCCUGAGAGGACAUUGUUGCCAGUGACCUGCUACCGGAGAUAUCAGAUUUAUUGUUAAUUUUUUAAUGGUAUUGUAGUGCUCCUUGGGAAAGAUACAAUUAAAGCAAAGAGAAACAACUGACGCAACAAAAUCAUGUCGUACAAAGCAAAGGAAAACCCAAACUUUUUUGUAAAUUAUGUGAGACAAGUUCUUUAUGGAUUUUUUAUAUGAAUUCCAAUUAACUGUUCAUCGAAUAUUAGUCUCAGAGGAGGUAAUUUAUGUAAAGUGUUUAUACAUAAAAAUAAAAUCUUAAAAAUACUGAG